GAUAUUUAAGCGCGCGCUUGAACAUUCAACUCACAGAUUGCUAAAGACCGGCGAGAGCGCGACACAUUGUGUGGCGGACCACCGGCUUAAUACAUUUGACGUUUCGUAAAUAUAAGUGCCACUUUUGUUACGAAUCGCAAUAGUAAAUCGUGUUUUAUAUUUCAGUUUAAAGUGUUGUGAAUAAUAAUAAAUCAAGAUGAUUGCCCUAGUGUUUGUUUUGGGAGGUCUCCUUACGGCAACAGAGGGCUGCGGCGCCGGCAAGCAAAUGCUGAGAACUGGAGGUCUAACGGCAUAUGAAAAGCAAGCGAUCGUGGAUGCCCACAAUCGUUUACGCCAAUCAGUUGCUCUUGGCCAAGUGUCCAGUCAACCUCCGGCAGCUAAUAUGAUGGAAAUGGUGUGGGACGAUGAGUUAGCAGCGACGGCGCAACGUUGGGCUGACCAAUGCACCCCAGCACACGACCGCGCCUCGCAACGCGACGUUGGACGCUUCCCCGUGGGGCAGAAUCUAGCAGCCACGUGGACCACUCGUCCACCAUCCGACGCGGUGGACUCCGUACCAGACUUCAUGAAACAGAUCAACGCAUGGUUCGACGAAGUCCGCAUAUUUGGUUUCAAACCAAUCAGCGGUGGACAUGGAACAGGACACUAUUCUCAGUUGGUUUGGGGUGAGACAUCGCAAGUCGGCUGCGGUUACACCUUCUACUAUGACCCAGCUCGUGGCUACACCAAGUUGUAUGUCUGCAACUACGGCCCCGGUGGCAACGUUCUUGGAUCCAACCCAUACGAGAAGGGACGCCCGUCUUGCAGUGCCUAUGGACUCGCUGAUUCUAGGAAAUACUCUGGUCUUUGUUCCACAAGCUACACCGCAACUUCAAGCUACCAAACCGUGGAUAACAACAGCGGUUACAUCUCGAACGCCAUUCCCGACAGCACAGUGGAAGCCCCGGGCUUCAAGUUCCACUUCUACAAACAAUUCGACAACCAAUACCAGUACCAGUACAACCAGCCCGAUACCUACUACCAAGCGGAAACCUCGACUUUAAGCCCGCUCAUCAGUAUAUUGAAAACCGCCUCAAACUUAUUCUCCAAACCGAAGUCGCAAGGCUUCAGGAUUGGCAACGUCUAUGUAUAGUUUACUAACUUUAGUAUGAAAUUUUGUAGCAGUAUUUAUUUCACUAUCGUGGCAGAGUGACUCGACUGAUAAUUCGGGCCUGUUAUACGCAGAGCUUGGAGCAUUCUAGAAUAUUCCUUGGUUUUACAAGGAUUUUAAGGACUAUCUUGUUUUUUUAACUGAUUGUUUGUGCGUGAACUUUGAACAGUUUGAAGGUCUUGUGGUUUUUGUUUAAAAACAAUAUGAUGCUGUCGUGAAUGACCUUCUAGUAUUAGAUUAGCGUGAAGUAAGUUGUUGUUUAGAUAAUUUAUAUUUAAUAAAUAUUUACAUAUUAA